GGGGGGAGGGGGGAGGGGCCGCGGGCGCCGCCGACCGGGACUCAGCAGCCCCGCCAGGCAGCAGCGCUCAGCCACACUUCAGUGAAGUCACCAGCUCCACCAGCUCUACCGGCACCACAUGGCCUCCUGCUCCUGCCAACCCUAAGCUCAAGGCACCUCCCUCUCCCCCUUACUACAUGUCAGCCUUCCCCCACCCCACACCAGCUAUCCAGGAGCAAGAUGGGAGGGCCUCAGCCGCCUGUGAUGCUGCCGUGCCCCGUCGCCCCGUGGCCCCACGAUGACCCACAGCCCCGCGACAAGCGAGGACGAGGAACGCCACAGUGCCAGCGAGUGUCCCGAGGGGGGCUCAGAGUCCGACAGCUCCCCAGACGGGCCAGGGAGAGGCCCCCGGGGGACCCGGGGCCGGGGCAGCGGGGCACCUGGUAGCCUGGCCUCAAUCCGAGGCCUCCAGGGCCGCUCCAUGUCUGUCCCGGACGACGCCCACUUCAGCAUGAUGGUCUUUAGGAUUGGCAUCCCGGACCUGCACCAGACGAAAUGCCUGCGCUUUAACCCUGAUGCCACCAUCUGGACAGCCAAGCAGCAGGUACUUUGUGCCCUGAGCGAGAGCCUGCAGGACGUGCUCAACUACGGCCUAUUCCAGCCGGCCACCUCGGGCCGGGAUGCCAAUUUCCUGGAGGAGGAGCGGCUGCUGCGGGAGUACCCCCAGUCCUUCGAGAAGGGGGUGCCCUACCUGGAGUUCCGAUACAAGACCCGAGUUUACAAACAGACCAACCUGGAUGAGAAGCAGCUGGCCAAGUUGCACACCAAGACGGGGUUGAAGAAGUUCCUGGAGUACGUGCAGCUCGGGACGUCCGACAAGGUGGCACGGCUGCUGGACAAGGGGCUGGACCCCAAUUACCAUGACUCGGAUUCAGGAGAGACCCCCUUGACGCUGGCUGCCCAGACAGAAGGCUCUGUAGAGGUGAUUCGAACCCUGUGCCUGGGCGGGGCCCACAUCGACUUCCGGGCCCGGGAUGGCAUGACAGCGCUGCACAAGGCCGCGUGUGCCCGUCACUGCCUCGCUCUCACGGCGCUCCUGGACCUUGGGGGCUCCCCCAACUACAAGGAUCGCCGGGGGCUGACUCCUCUGUUCCAUACGGCUAUGGUGGGGGGCGACCCCCGCUGCUGUGAGCUGCUCCUAUACAACAGGGCCCAGCUAGGCAUAGCUGAUGAGAACGGCUGGCAGGAGAUCCACCAGGCCUGCCAGCGGGGUCACUCUCAGCAUCUGGAACACCUGCUCUUCUACGGGGCUGAGCCUGGAGCGCAGAACGCCUCGGGGAACACGGCCCUGCACAUCUGUGCCCUCUACAAUAAGGAGACCUGUGCUCGGAUCCUCCUCUAUCGAGGUGCCAACAAGGAUGUAAAGAAUAACAAUGGACAGACCCCCUUCCAGGUGGCAGUGAUUGCUGGGAAUUUUGAACUGGGGGAGCUGAUCCGAAACCACCGAGAACAGGACGUGGUGCCCUUCCAGGAGUCCCCCAAGUACGCAGCCCGGCGACGGGGACCCCCAGGCGCAGGGCUGACGGUGCCCCCCGCGCUGCUCCGGGCCAACAGUGAUACCAGCAUGGCCCUGCCAGACUGGAUGGUGUUUGCCGCUCCGGGGACCUCAUCUGCUGGGGCUCCUGGCCCUACCUCAGGGCCCCAGGGCCAGUCGCAGCCCUCGGCCCCCAGCACCAAGCUCAGCAGUGGGACCCUCCGAAGUGCCAGCAGCCCCCGGGGCGCCCGGGCCCGCUCCCCAUCUCGUGGGAGGCACCCCGAGGAGGCCAAGAGGCAGCCCCGUGGACGGCCCAGCUCCAGCGGAACACCCCGGGAAGGGCCAGCUGGGGGCACAGGGGGCUCAGGGGGGCCCGGGGGCUCCCUGGGCAGCCGUGGGAGACGCCGGAAGCUCUACUCAGCAGUCCCUGGACGCUCCUUCAUGGCUGUGAAGUCCUACCAGGCCCAAGCCGAGGGGGAGAUCUCCCUGAGCAAGGGCGAGAAGAUCAAAGUGCUUAGCAUCGGGGAAGGAGGCUUCUGGGAAGGCCAGGUCAAAGGUCGCAUUGGCUGGUUCCCCUCUGACUGCCUGGAAGAGGUGGCAAACCGCUCCCAGGAGGGAAAGCAAGAAAGCCGAAGUGACAAGGCAAAGAGACUCUUCCGGCAUUAUACCGUGGGCUCCUAUGACAGCUUUGAUGCCCCAAGCUUAAUGGAUGGGAUUGGCCCAGGGAGCGAUUACAUCAUUAAGGAGAAGACAGUUCUGCUGCAGAAGAAGGACAGUGAGGGGUUUGGGUUCGUGCUCCGGGGGGCCAAGGCGCAGACCCCCAUCGAGGAGUUCACCCCUACCCCAGCCUUCCCGGCGCUGCAGUAUCUGGAGUCAGUGGACGAGGGUGGUGUGGCAUGGCGAGCUGGACUGCGAAUGGGAGACUUCCUCAUCGAGGUGAAUGGGCAGAAUGUGGUGAAGGUUGGCCACCGACAGGUGGUGAACAUGAUCCGCCAAGGGGGCAACACGCUGAUGGUCAAGGUGGUGAUGGUCACAAGGCACCCGGACAUGGAUGAGGCUGUACAUAAGAAGGCACCCCAGCAGGCUAAGAGGCUCCCACCCCCAACCAUCUCCCUGCGUUCCAAGUCUAUGACCUCAGAGCUGGAGGAGAUGGUCUCCCCCUGGAAGAAGAAGAGUGAGUACGAGCAGCAGCCUGCGCCGGUGCCCAGCAUGGAGAAAAAGCGGACCGUGUAUCAGAUGGCUCUCAACAAACUGGAUGAAAUUUUGGCGGCAGCUCAGCAGACCAUCAGUGCAAGCGAGAGUCCUGGGCCUGGUGGCCUCGCGUCCCUGGGCAAACACCGACCCAAAGGCUUCUUUGCCACUGAGUCAAGCUUUGACCCCCACCACCGCUCCCAGCCAAGUUACGAACGUCCCUCCUACCUGCCUCCAGGACCUGGGCUCAUGCUCCGGCAAAAGUCUAUUGGGGCUGCAGAAGAUGACAGACCCUACCUAGCACCCCCGGCCAUGAAGUUCAGCCGCAGCCUGUCUGUGCCUGGUUCGGAGGAGAUCCCCCCGCCGCCCACCACGUCCCCACCAGAGCCCCCCUACAGCACACCUCCGGCCCCCUCCUCCUCCGGUCGCCUUACCCCGUCUCCCCGGGUUGGGCCCUUCAACCCCGGUGGCCCCCUCCCCGCCUCUUCCCCGGCAUCCUUUGAUGGGCCCUCCCCUCCUGACACCCGUGUAGGAAGCCGUGAGAAGAGCUUGUACCACAGCGGGCCCCUGCCCCCCGCCCACCACCACCCGCCCCACCACCACCACCACCACGCUCCGCCCCCCCAGCCACACCACCACCACGCCCACCCCCCUCAUCCCCCGGAGAUGGAGACGGGCGGUUCUCCCGACGAUCCCCCACCCCGAUUGGCUCUGGGGCCCCAGCCCAGCUUGCGAGGCUGGCGGGGCGGCGGGCCCAGCCCGACCGCGGGGGCCCUGUCUCCGUCGCACCAUGGCAGCGGGGGCGGGGGUAGCGGCUCCUCCCAGGCCCCCGCCCUCCGCUACUUCCAGCUGCCUCCCCGGGCGGCCAGCGCGGCCAUGUACGUCCCAGCCCGUUCGGGCCGCGGGCGCAAGGGCCCGCUGGUCAAGCAGACCAAAGUCGAAGGCGAGCCCCAGAAAGGCGGCGGCCUCCCGCCCGCCGCGUCGCCCACGUCUCCGGCAUCCCCGCAGCCGCCGCCGGCCGCGGCCGCCCCGUCGGAGAAGAAUUCCAUCCCCAUCCCCACCAUCAUCAUCAAGGCUCCAUCCACCAGUAGCAGCGGCCGCAGCAGCCAGGGCAGCAGCACCGAGGCGGAACCCCCUGCCCAGCCCGAGACCUCAGGCGGCGGCGGCGCUGGUGGCGGCGGCGGCUCCUCCACGCCGAGCCCCGCGCCGGCCAUGUCGCCGGUGCCGCCGUCCCCCUCGCCCGUGCCCACCCCCGCCUCGCCCAGCGGCCCGGCCACCCUCGAUUUCACCAGCCAGUUCGGAGCGGCCCUGGUCGGGGCGGCUCGGAGAGAAGGCGGCUGGCAGAACGAAGCCCGCCGGCGGUCCACGCUCUUCCUCUCCACCGACGCGGGGGAUGAGGAUGGCGGCGACGGCUCGCUGGGCCCAGGGGCGCCCCCGGGCCCCCGGCUGCGCCACUCCAAAUCCAUCGACGAAGGCAUGUUUUCCGCCGAGCCCUACCUCCGGCUGGAGUCUGCAGGCGCCGGGAGUGGCAGCGGCUAUGCGGGCUACGGAGCCGGCAGCCGAGCCUACGGGAGCAGCGGGAGCAGCAGCGCCUUCACCAGCUUCCUGCCGCCGCGACCCCUGGUCCACCCGCUGACCGGCAAGGCCCUGGACCCAGCCUCCCCGCUCGGGCUGGCCCUGGCUGCCCGAGAGCGGGCGCUGAAGGAGUCCUCGGAGGGCGGUGGGACCCCCCAGCCCCCUCCAAGGCCCCCGUCGCCCCGCUACGAGGCCCCGCCGCCCACCCCGCACCACCACUCGCCCCACGCCCACCAUGAGCCGGUGCUGCGUCUCUGGGGGGCGCCCCCACCGGACCCGGCCCGCCGGGAGCUGGGGUACCGGGCAGGGCUGGGCAGCCAGGAGAAGUCCCUUCCGGCGAGCCCGCCAGCCGCCCGACGCUCUUUGCUGCACCGCCUGCCGCCCACUGCUCCCGGGGUCGGGCCCCUCUUGCUGCAGCUGGGGCCCGAGCCCCCCGCCCCGCACCCCGGGGUGAGCAAGGCCUGGAGGUCCGGAGCCCCGGAGGAGCCCGAGCGGCUGCCCCUCCACGUGCGGUUCCUUGAGAACUGCCAGCCCCGGGCCGGUGGGGCGAGUGGAAGGGCGCCCCCCUCAGAGGAUGGGCCGGGGGUCCCGCCGCCCAGCCCACGCCGGUCUGUGCCCACCUCGCCGACCUCCCCGCGGGGCAGCGAAGAGAAUGGGCUUCCCCUGCUAGUCCUGCCGCCCCCCGCCCCCUCGGUGGACGUGGAAGACGGCGAAUUCCUCUUUGUGGAACCCCUGCCCCCGCCUCUGGAGUUCUCCAACAGCUUCGAGAAACCUGAGUCGCCCCUCACGCCUGGGCCUCCUCACCCUCUGCCAGACCCACCCACCCCGGCCACCCCACUGCCCCCUGUGCCGCCCCCUGCUGUUGCCGCCGCCCCUCCCACCCUGGACUCCACCGCAUCCAGCCUGACUUCCUAUGACAGCGAGGUGGCAACGCUGACCCAGGGGGCCCCUGCGGCUCCCGGCGACCCGCCUCCACCUGGCCCACCAGCCCCAGCCGCCCCGGCUCCCCCCGCCCCACAGCCUGUCCCAGACCCUCCGCCUGGCACGGAUUCUGGUAUUGAGGAGGUGGACAGUCGAAGUAGCAGUGACCACCCUCUGGAGACCAUCAGCAGCGCAUCCACGCUGAGCAGCCUGUCUGCCGAAGGCGGUGGCAGCGCAGGGGGUGGCGGUGGUGUUGGUGGUGGGGCUGGUGUAGCCAGUGGGCCAGAGCUUCUGGACACGUAUGUGGCCUACCUGGAUGGUCAGGCCUUUGGGGGGAGCGGUACCCCUGGCCCACCAUACCCACCGCAGCUCAUGACUCCCUCUAAGCUCCGGGGCCGGGCACUAGGGGCCAGUGGAGGCCUGCGGCCUGGCCCCAGUGGGGGACUCCGAGACCCUGUCACUUCCACCAGCCCCACUGUCUCGGUGACGGGGGCUGGAACCGAUGGGCUGCUGGCCCUGAGUGGUUGCUCAGGACCCUCAACAGCAGGUGUAUCCGGGGGUCCAGUGGCUGUAGAGCCAGAAGGCCCACCGGUGCCCCUACCGUCAGCCUCCUCCCUGCCUCGGAAGCUGCUGCCCUGGGAGGAGGGUCCGGGCCCACCGCCACCACCCUUGCCCGGGCCCCUAGCCCAGCCUCAGGCCUCAGCCUUGGCCACAGUCAAAGCCAGCAUCAUCAGUGAACUCAGCUCCAAGCUUCAGCAGUUUGGGGGCUCCUCGGCAGCUGGUGGCGCUCUGCCCUGGGCCCGGGGAGGCAGCGGGGGAAGCGGGGACAGCCACCACGGGGGAGCCAGCUACGUCCCCGAGAGGACUUCCUCCCUGCAGCGGCAGAGACUCUCCGAAGACUCCCAGUCCUCGCUCCUCUCCAAACCCGUCAGCAGCCUGUUUCAGAACUGGCCCAAACCACCUCUGCCGCCACUCCCCACAGGAACCGGGGUGCCCCCUUCAGCUGCUGCAGCCCCAGGGGCCACCUCGCCGUCGGCCUCCUCCUCCUCCUCCACGUCCACCCGCCACCUCCAGGGCGUGGAGUUCGAGAUGCGGCCACCUUUGCUCCGCCGGGCCCCCAGCCCCUCACUGCUGCCUGCCUCGGAGCACAAGGUCAGCCCUGCGCCCCGGCCCUCAUCCCUGCCCAUCCUGCCUUCCGGACCCCUCUAUCCGGGCCUCUUCGACAUCCGUGGCUCCCCGACUGGAGGGGCAGGAGGCUCGGCUGAUCCCUUCGCCCCUGUCUUUGUGCCACCACACCCCGGGAUGUCCGGGGGUCUUGGGGGAGCCUUGUCAGGGGCCUCACGCUCCCUCUCACCAACCCGCCUGCUUUCCUUGCCCCCGGACAAGCCGUUCGGCGCUAAACCUCUGGGGUUCUGGACCAAGUUCGACGUGGCUGAUUGGCUUGAAUGGCUGGGCUUGUCUGAGCACCGAGCCCGGUUCCUGGACCAUGAAAUUGAUGGCUCUCACCUGCCCGCCUUGACCAAGGAGGACUACGUCGAUCUGGGUGUGACCCGAGUGGGUCACCGCAUGAACAUCGACCGGGCUCUCAAAUUUUUCCUGGAGAGGUGAUGGCUGGCCUGGACGGACCAGCCCGUCCACGGAACCCUUGAGCCUGCUGGCUUCUUGACCUCUGACCCCUGACUAUCAUUCUCCCCCCAGGCCAGGGACUCUGCUAAAACUGCACCCUGACCCUUGUCUCCCAAGCCUGGAGGUCACCAGGUGGCCUGAUCCCGGCCAGACAUUUGCACCUCACAGGAGGGGGCAGCUGACACAAGACUGUGUGUGGGAAGUGGGGAGUGGAGGGGGGGAUGGAAGAAAUCGAAGAAGGGGAUGGACAAGGGGGGAAGGGUCGAUUCUGGGGAGGGGGUAACAGACAGAGCCAUAGAGGGUCAGCCCUUAGCCUGACUGGAUGGGGGUCGUCCCCCAAGCCGCAGGGGAAGGGAGUGCCCUCAGAUUCCACCACCUGCCGCCCCUCUGACAACCCUUCCCCCCUCUCCAGGUCCCUCGGCUCCCCUCCUCUCCCCUUCUCCCCAGCACACACAGCAGCCCCCCAGCCUCCUGCACGCUCCUUUGCACGCCUGCUCACCUCUCUUCCCUCCCUGGGCUACAGUUUUGCACAAAUUCGCCCUCUCGCUGUCUUGCACACUCUGGCUUGCGAGGCCUUCUCCACUGUCGAACUCACGCUCCCUUUCUCUUGCGCACAGCUGCAUUACUUUUCCCACACCCCACCCCCCUCAUUCCUGCUCUUUCCGAAGCUUCCUGGCCGACCCUCCCCUUGGCGCCCUCCCUUCCACCUCUCACUCCAGAAAAUCUCUGGACCCUUGCUGCAGACACACUUGGGACACCCUUUCCCUCACCCAUUCAGAGACUCUGCGUACACAGAUUUAGUCUCUGGAACAUCCUCCCCUUGGCUCAACCCUCGCACACUCGCUGCCCUCUGCGCCUCUCCCGAAGCUCUUGCCUCUGUUCUCUUCAAGUCCUUUCCCUGCCUAUUCCUGAACCCCCACAGCCUUACUCUACCCACCCCUCCGUCUCACGGUGACACUCUGACCCCCUCCUCCUCUCCCUCCUUGCCCACGUGCCUCCUGGGAACCGUUUCUGUCUCCAGUGCUCACGCCUCUCCCCUUUGCCAGGCUGCCACUUCCCUUGCACCCCUGUGGCCCCAAUCCUUGUCCAUCUCCAUCGUCAGCUCUUCCGUGAAUCUUAUGGCACCGCUCACUCUUGCACCCGCCUCCUCCUCCAGCACUUCUGCAGAUCUCUCAGAGCCUUUUUCUCUUCCUUAACAACGUUCUCGCGCACUGUGUCUCGGCUUGCACACUCAUUCUUGAAAUGCUACUUCUUCUGGUCGGUUCUUGGGUGACUCUUCCUGCCUCCCUUGGGGAACUCGACCGCCUCUUUCCUCUGCACACUCGUCCCAUUGCAUACUCUUGGGCUGUAUCAUUUCUUUUCCUGGCACUUUUUUUUUUUUGUCCCUGUGAAGGCCCGGCUCUGGCGGCCCUUCGCGCUCAGCCUGUUCUCUUAGCUCUUUACACUCUCUCUCUUUCUGGUGGGAGAAGACCCUGCGCACACAGCUCUUGCUUCCAUAGUUCCUCCUCCCCCUGUGCCAGCCUUUGCCCUCUCUCACCUUCUCCGUCCUCUUCCUCUUCCCAGGCCUUCCUGGGUCAUCUGUCCAUCCAUUUUGCACGAAGACAUGACCCCCCCCAUCUCCUAACCUUCCGGUCUCUCUCCAAGAAACUCCUCCCACCAGCAUGGCUUUUCCCUCCUGCACGCUGCCCCCUCCCUUUAUUCCUGGGGCUUGGGAAUUUUAAGCCACCCCUUCUCCUGGAAAGCCCCCUCCCCUACUGUGGGCAAAGAGGGGAGGGCAUCGCCCUCAGGUCCCCCCCAUGUUCAGCUGCCAAAGAAGGGAGCUCCCCCUCCUUCCCCUAAGCCCAUUCCCCCUCUGCUGCCCCCAACCCCCCCCGGGGGGGUGGGGUGCUCCGUCCAUGGGGGGAGGGUGCUUGCAGCCCUCUCCCCUCACCAUGUCAGGGAUCUGCGGGGAACCUUGUGGGAGGGUCGUGGGAGGGGGGAGGGGUGGCGAGGAGUGGGGCGGAGGUCGCGCUGGGCCCCUACCCGCCCCCUCCCCCUUGUCGGAUGCCCCCCGUCCGCAGGGGGCCUGCGCGGCGCCCGUCUAUCAAGGGCUUGUUCAUUCUGGAUGGGUGCCGCGGGGUUG